ACGGCAGCAGCUCCAAGCACGACGAUGCUGCCUUGGCCAACUAUCUCUCAAACAAGCUUCGACUUGAACAACAGAGUCAAAAAGACGCGUGGGCGUAUCCUCAGUCGAUGGUUACUAUGACAGCAACCCCGCCUGGUGAUUGGACUACUCAAGGUCACCCGCAACCAACAGCCAAUAGCAACCCAUACUACUACUACCCGCAGCAACAGCAACAGCAACCGCAACCGCAUUAUGAGAAUAAGCAUCAGCGUAGCAGCACCAAUAACCACCCUCACAGACCUUCCUCGCGGCCACGUACGCCGAGCAAUACCAGCGCAAGCCAUGCGCCCGUUCAGAUCCAGAAAUCAUCCUCGACACCCAUCCCCUCCGCUAACAACUACAACCGAUCAUUCGGGCCGACGAUCCUCGGUAACCUCGGUAUCGUCGGGCACGUUUUCGAUCCGGUCAGAAAUGUCGAUAAACACCAAACUUUCAUUAUCCAAACGGCUGCGCAAAGUAUUCAGCAUGAGCCAUCUGCGGUCCAAGGACAACCUUGGCAUGCUGUCUGCUAACAACGGGUCCAACACAUCGCUGGCUACUGUGCAAGAGUCAGACGUAGCACCGUCGCCGUCACCGUCGCCCUCGACUCCUUCUCGACGUCGCUCAUUUGCGUCGCUUUCUGGACUGUUCCAGAAGCACGCAGCAGAUUCAUCACCGCCAAACCCGGCUGCUGCUCGCAUGUCCUCCUCGAGCUCGGGCGACCUUCGCAAGAUGGCUAAAAACCAAAGAAACGAUAACAACAGCAAAUCAUCACGGCCAGUACUACGUGUUGACACUACUACUGAGGAGGCCGCAAAAAGGAACACUAGAGGACGAACCCCAUCGUCAGCCGCUCCUGAUUCUCCCAGCUCUGCACGAUCAUCUACCACCCGUCCACAUCAGCCACGGUUCAUGGGCCACAGCAGUGAUGCCUUGCCUUCGCCCACGCCCUCAUCGUCCUCUACGUCUUCAAGCCGACUACCACCGUCUGACGACGGAUCUGACAUGAUGGUCCCGCCACCAUCCGUCGGCUUGCACUAUGGCCUACCUCUACACGGCUCACCACGUCUGAGACCCACAGCCGCAUCGUCGUCAACCAGCUCACUGAACACAAUGACCAACAUCUCUUCGUCCACCCCAGAUCGGCCCCGCAGACUGCAGUUUUGCCCAACCAUCCAAGUGCACGAGACGUUCCCUGCAGCCGAAUACGAUCGUCGUUGCGAUUCGAAUGCCACUUGUCAAAAGCUGACUCCUUUGCUAGCCAUGAAGAUCAAGCAGGAGCUCAACGAGUUCAAACUGACAGACAUGGAGGUCCAUGUCGACAGUCGUCAAUACACCCAUUUCUUUUUGUAAAACCCCUUUCUCCUCCUCCCCUCUCGUUAACUCUCCAAUUCUUUUCAUUUUUACGCUCUUUUUCCUAGCGACUCUUUUAAAAAAAAACAUUAAAACAACCCACCUUCAUCCUCCCAUUUGCCGUACUCAGU